CACGGGCUCGCGGCUCCGCCCCGGGGGCGCGCUGGGGGGGUGGGAGCCCGGAGUUUUCCAGCGGGCGGCUCCUCCUCCCGACGCGCCCUGAAGGCUGAGGAGCCGGUGGGUCUCGAGCGCCCGGAGUGCCCCGAGAGCGGGAGUGGGACGUAACUCGAGGCCGGUCCGAGGUGCCGCGCCUGGGACGCCCGCAGAGAGAGCCGCCGCAGCCCGCGUCCCCGUUCGCCCCUCGCGGUCCCCCACCCGGUGGCCGGUGGCCAGAUCUAACCAUGAGCUACCCAGGCUACCCCCCGCCCCCAGGCGGCUACCCGCCAGCUGCACCAGGUGGUGGUGCCUGGGGAGGUGCUGGCUACCCACCGCCCAACAUGCCCCCCAUCGGGCUGGAUAACGUGGCCAACUAUGCAGGGCAGUUCAACCAGGACUACCUCUCGGGAAUGGCUUCCAACCUGUCCGGGACAUUCGGAGGAGCCAACGUGCCAAAUCUGUACCCAGGGGCCCCUGGGGGUGGUUACCCUCCCGUCCCCCCGGGGGGUUUCGGGCAGCCCCCUUCUGCCCAGCAGCCUGUUCCUCCAUAUGGAAUGUACCCGCCCCCUGGAGGAAACCCACCCUCCGGGAUGCCUUCAUAUCCACCAUACCCAGGGGCCCUUGUGCCAGGCCAGCCCAUGCCGCCCCCUGGGCAGCAGCCCCCGGGGGCCUACCCUGGGCAGCCACCCAUGACCUAUCCUGGGCAGUCACCAGUGCCACCUCCAGGGCAGCAGCCAAUGCCACCUCCGGGGCAGCAGCCGGUGCCAAGCUACCCAGGGUACUCGGGGUCCGGGACUGUCACCCCUGCUGUGCCCCCAGCCCAGUUUGGAAAGCGAGGCACCAUCACAGAUGCCCCUGGUUUUGACCCCCUGCGAGACGCUGAGGUCCUGCGGAAGGCCAUGAAGGGCUUUGGGACUGACGAGCAAGCCAUUAUUGACUGCCUGGGGAGUCGUUCCAACAAGCAGCGGCAGCAGAUCCUCCUGUCCUUCAAGACAGCUUAUGGGAAGGAUUUGAUCAAAGAUCUGAAAUCUGAACUGUCAGGAAACUUUGAGAAGACAAUCUUGGCCCUGAUGAAGACCCCAGUUCUCUUUGAUGCUUCUGAGAUAAAGGAAGCCAUCAAGGGGGCAGGCACAGAUGAAGCCUGCCUGAUCGAGAUCCUCGCCUCCCGCAGCAACGAGCACAUCCGGGAACUGAACAGAGUCUAUAAGACAGAAUUCAAAAAGACCCUGGAGGAGGCCAUUCGGAGUGACACAUCAGGGCACUUCCAGCGGCUCCUCAUCUCUCUCUCUCAGGGAAACCGGGAUGAAAGCACAAAUGUGGACAUGACGCUUGUCCAGAGAGAUGUGCAGGAGCUCUAUGCAGCUGGAGAGAACCGCCUAGGAACAGAUGAGUCCAAGUUCAAUGCAGUUCUGUGCUCCCGGAGCCGGGCCCACCUGGUGGCAGUUUUCAAUGAGUAUCAGCGAAUGACAAGCCGUGACAUUGAGAAGAGCAUCUGCCGGGAGAUGUCCGGGGACCUGGAGCAGGGCAUGCUGGCCGUGGUGAAAUGUCUUAAGAAUACCCCAGCUUUCUUUGCUGAAAGGCUCAACAAGGCCAUGAGGGGAGCAGGAACCAAGGACCGGACCCUGAUCCGCAUCAUGGUGUCUCGCAGCGAGGUCGACCUCUUGGACAUCAGAGCGGAGUAUAAGCGGCUGUAUGGCAAGUCGCUGUACCAUGACAUCACGGGAGACACUUCAGGGGACUACCGGAAGAUUCUGCUGAAGAUCUGUGGUGGCAACGACUGAGCGGUGACUGGUGGGUCACUUCCGUCCACCUGCUGGCAACAGCGAUGCCAGGAAAAGGCCAAAAGAAUGUUUGUCUGUUUCUAACAAAUCCACAAAAUAACCCCCCGGUGUCCCAGUGAGGACCAUCCGUAGAACCUUGGCCUCGUCCUCCACCCACCCUCCUGAUCCGUGUAUUGUGCUUGUGCUGAAGGACCUGGGUUGGUCUUGAACUCUCUCAGGAUGCCUCCUCCCCUCCCCCACUCCUCACAGCCUCUUGCAGCUAAAGUAGAUGUUUUGUUUCCUGACUCAUACAUUCAGUCCCUUUUGCUUGUGGCUGAAACUCUUAGUUUCGUUUUAGUCGUAUAAUUUUGUGUGUUUAUUUGGAGGUUUUUUUUUUAAUAUAUAGUCAUUGCAGACAGAUGCACACACGUCUUUGCUACGUACACAGUUUGGGUGAGACAGGUGGGGGUUGGGGGUGCCAUGUCCUCAAUGAGGAGUAAAAGGGAAAACCUUCAAGGGUACUCUUUGCAUCUGGUGAGAAUGUGUCAUGAGCUUUGUUAUUGCCAAACUCACUCCUUUUUAGAAAAGAAAAAAAAAAAAGGCCAGAAGUCAUCUGUUCCUUCUUUCAUGCAAAACCACAAGAAUAAAGCCAGCUCCCUGCCAGUGACAGGGUUUCUUGUAAUUGAGAAUGUGCCUUAAACUUGAAUGUCGAUGGCCAAAAGCUGUUUCCAAAUUAAAGUCAGCCAGCUCUGGAGCGUUCUGGAAGUGUU